UUAUUUAUUCGUUUAUUGAAUAAUUUAGUGAAACCAGCUUCACACCAAACUCAGAGACAUCCACAUUUAAGCAAAAUCGAGAUAACCAAACUUUUGUGAAGUAACUCCACUCUUCUGUUUAAUGAAGUAAACACUUUGGAGUUUCUGAGGAAACAUCCAUGUAAUUUUGCUGCAGUACUGUCCAAUAUGCCUUAUAACACAAUUCAGAGCAGGGUGUAACACUCAGUGCUGUUGUUUUAUGAUAACUGGUUCAAUAUUUAGCAAAUAUGAUUGAAAACUGAGAUCACAACAGUGUGGUAGAUUACCAAUGGUUUAACAAGACAUCCAUAAUAUAUGGUUCUCUUUUGUGUCUGUUUCACUUUCAGUCUUCUGGGACAAGAUAAAGAUGUACUUUCAAAGUUCAUCCUCAUCUUCAUCCUCAUCCUCAUCCUCAUCCUCGCCCUGCGAAAGACUGGCGACCUGUCCAAGGUGUCCCCCGCCUUCGCCCGAGUCAGCUGGGAUAGGCUCCAGCACCCACCGCGACCCUAGUGAGAAUGAAGCGGUGUAUAGAGGAUGCAUGGAUGGAUCCUCAUCCUCAUCCUCAUCCUCAUCUUCCUCCGAGGGGAGUACCACAUGGCAGCGUUUGGAAUUCACAACAGGCUACACGGUGGUGAAAGAACUGAGAGCUGGAGGCUUUGGAAGAGUGUUGGAAUGCGUGAAAAACAACACUGAAGAGCACGUGGCUAUAAAGGUGCCCAUACGGCACAAUCUAGACCAUGAGGUAGGAGACUGAUUUCAGCUGAACAGUGACAUAAAAAAGACAUUGUUUUAAAAAGAGGUAGUACCACUACAAGAUUCUGAGUAGUGGUACUGGUCAUGUUAUGUACUUUUUAGUUGUUGAGAAGAACUGAUUGGAUGAUGUGACUCAGCAAACAUAUUGUGUCUCCACAGGCGGAAAUCCUGAAAAAGCUCAUGAGCCACAACUCGAAGGAGUCCAACAUCAUUGAGUACAAAGGAGACUUCUUCAUAGACAAUAAGCGGCUCCUGGUGCUUGAAAAGUUGGACAUCGACCUGUGGGACUAUGUGGAGAGUUUACCACAGCCAAUGCGACUGGAAGACGUCCGCACAGUUAUUCAGCAGGUGGCUGUAGCUUUGAAUGCAGCAAAGAGUGCUGGCAUAAUCCACGGUGAUGUGAAGGAGGAUAACAUCAUGAUGGUGGAUCACGUGAAGCAGCCCUUCAGAGUCAAGCUCAUUGACUUUGGUAUGGCCAAGUACAGGUCGGAAGCCAAAGCAGGAGAGCUAUUCCAAGUACUUGAAUAUAGAGCUCCAGAAAUCACCCUGGGCCUGCCGUAUUCAGAGGCCAUCGACGUUUGGUCCUUAGGCUGCGUGAUGGCCGGGAUGAUGACUGAAGAUAGUCUAUUCGGAUCAGAAUCGGACUCAGACUCGGAAUACUGGAAACUCCGACGCAUGAUCCGUCUGCUGGGUCCGCCACCGCAACAUCUCAUCGACGCUGGCCGGAGAUCACGAUUUUUUUUUCAGAAAACGUCUAAUGGUUUGUGGCGGCUGAAGACACCUGUUGAGUAUUUUGUGGCCCAUGUCAUCUACUCCGACCCCACAGUUUACGAGUUCGGCUCUCUGGAUGAAAUGAAAACGGUGUCCUCUGAGACGGACAACCCAGCAGAGGCCGAUGAGAGGAGGGAGUGCAUCGAGCUGUUGAAGGCGAUGCUUCGGUGGGAUGAGGACGACAGAAUCACCCCCAGCGGUAUCCUCAACCAUCCCUUCAUCACCAAAAGCUAUCUCAACAGCAGCUCCCCCACCAGCAGUUGCUCUCGAUAUAACUGA